AUGAAGAGAAAGUUAAAAUAUUCGAUGAUUGUUAUGUCAGCAUACAAUAAGACUGAUGUCUAUCCAUCAACCUUCAUUCUCAUUGGCAUUCCUGGACUGGAGGCUGCGCAUAUCUGGGUCUCCAUCCCCUUCUGUGUGGUCUACCUUUUGGCCCUACUGGGAAACUGCUCUCUUCUGUUUAUCAUCAAGACAGACUCCAGCCUCCAAGAGCCAAUGUACCUCUUCCUCUGCAUGCUGGCUGUGGCUGACCUUAUUGUGUGUACUACAGCUGUGCCCAAACUUCUCAGCCUCUUCUGGUUCCAUGAUGGAGAGAUCCGCUUCGAAGCCUGCCUCACCCAAGUGUUCCUGAUUCACUCUUGCUCCUCCAUGGAGUCUGGCUUCUUCCUAGCCAUGGCUUUUGACCGCUAUGUAGCUGUUUGUAAACCAUUGAGACACUCAGCUAUUCUGACACAUACUGUAAUUGGGGGGAUGGGCCUGGCUAUCGUAUUCCGGGGCAUGGCACUGCUUAGUCCUCACCCCUUCCUGCUCCGCUGGCUCCCCUACUGCAGAACCAAUAUCAUUUCCCACACCUACUGUGAGUUCAUGGCCCUCAUCAAGAUUGCCUGUGCUGAUACAAGGAUCCGCAGAGCCUACAGCCUCAUUGUUGCCUUCCUUACAGGAGGGGUAGACUUCAUAUUGAUCAUCUGUUCUUAUGUCCUCAUACUCCACACUGUCUUCCAUCUCCCAUCCAAGGAUGCUCGACUCAAGACGCUGGGCACCUGUGGCUCCCAUAUCUGUGUUAUUUUAGUUUCCUAUACUCCAGCCUUCUUUUCUUUUUUCACCCACAGGUUUGGGCACCAUGUGGCUCCUCACAUCCACAUAUUUGUGGCCAACAUCUAUCUUCUGAUCCCACCCAUGGUGAACCCUAUCAUCUAUGGGGUAAGGACCAAGAAGAUACGAAACAGGUUUCUUAAAUUUUUCAGGUUUUCAAAGCCUCUGAACUAA